AUGGGUGUUAUUGGUGCUCGAUAUUGCUACGGCUAUUCCGGCGAUGGCUGCUACUCAACGUGGGACUCCUGGGGUCGCUGGGUAGCCUUCGCUGUGAUUGUCGGCGUGGCAUUCCUGCUCUUCUUCUCUUUCGCGUGCUUCAACGCGCGCCGCCGCCGCAGCCACGGCCAACGACCUCUCACAGGAACCGGAUGGAUGGCUCCUCCUCCCGGUCCCCCUCCUCCAAACCAGCCUAUCUACGGCCAGCAUCAACCACCUUACGGCGACCCAUUCUACCAGCAAAACUCCCCUCCCCAAUACUCCGCAAACCCUCAGAACUACGGCUACUUCGGCGCCCAGAACGCCCCGCCCCAGCAACAAGGCAUCGAGCUGCAACAGCCUCAGAAUGCGUACGGUGGUGGUGGCUAUGCGCCCCCUCCUGGCCCGCCUCCGGCGAACAAGGCCUAG